AUGCUGUCGAUGCGACCCGAUCGCUGGCCCCGAAGAAGGAACACGCCGCGUUUUCUCCGCCGCAAGAGGCCCAACUUCUUCGUAGGAUUCCGUGUCACUUCACCCGACCUCAUGACGCAGGUCGAACAGCUUCGGGCUGCGAUACGCGACGCUUGUCCUGCAGCUGCGCCGUGCCUCAUCGACCCCAGGACGCUGCACGUCACGCUCUGUGUGCUGCGUCUUCCGGGAAAUGCAGGUGUCAUUUACUGA